AUGGCUCACCUCACCAUUCGCAAUCUUACUAUCAACCCAAUCGAGCUUAUUGAAAUCGAAAGGUUCGAGGGCCAGACUGUGAGAACCGGCAAUGUCCUCUCAAAUAUGACAAGCCAUAUCAGUGGCUUCAUCAAGGCUACCGACUUCAGCUCUCGCCAAACCCAGGCCAAGGGGGACCCCAUCCACAAGGAAAAUGCCUCUGUCAAAGUUGAGCCCUUUAAGACCAAGGAUUCUGGCAUUCGAGCCGCCGACAAGAAUAAGGAGGUGGUCCGUCUUACCUUCAAAUAUGAGGAUCAUAAGUAUCAGGUCGACAUCCCCAGCCCCUCCAACAAAUCUUCUGUCAUGAAGAACCUGGACGGAGGCAAACAUGAUCUCACUGUCGUUUAUACCCCCAACGGUGCCUUUCUUGCCAUCUUCUCUUCUGCCCAGCUGCAUCGCUGGAUGCACGAGCUUCACGACGACUGGCCACUCACUCUGCUUUCGAUCCCUGGCACGCACAAUUCUCCUACCUGCUAUACUGCUCUUCCUUCUGUUCGAUGUCAAGCAGUCGACGUCUUGGAGCAACUCAAGAAUGGUGUUCGGUUCCUCGACGUUCGAGUAUCCGUGAGUCCUGACGAUGAUGAACUCGCUCUAGUCCACAGUGUGUUUCCCAUUUCCUUGACUGGCACAAAGUACUUCAAACACAUGCUCGAGGAUAUUUACAAGUUCCUCGACGAGAACAGCAGUGAGACUGUCAUCAUGAGUAUAAAGCGCGAAGGUACUGGAAGGGGCAACGACGAACAACUCGGAAAAUAUCUGAAGCACAGCUACGUCGAUAAAAGACGAAGUCGCUGGUGGACUGAGCCCAGGAUUCCAACUCUGGGUGGUGCCCGUGGUCGCAUUGUCAUCGUCCGCCGCUUUAACUUGGACGGCGAGAUGAAGAAGACAUGCUGGGGUGGUCGAGGUUGGGGUAUUGACGCAGGCGCCUGGCCCGAUAAUUGCGAGGACGGCGAGGUGCCAGGAGGUAUUAUCCGUGUCCAAGACUUUUACGAGAUUACCGAGAGCCAGAAUAUUGAGAAAAAGAUCGAGUACUGCCGUCGGCAACUCGAACGCGCUGCUGAGCAGACCUUCGCUCUCGCCGGGAUGAAUGGUCAUAAGGAGGAUGCUAGUUUACCCCCCUUGUUCGUCAACUUCCUUACAGCAAGCAACUUCUUCAACGCAACCUGCUGGCCAGAGCGUAUUGCCGCCAAGGUCAACCCCUCUGUUAUCGAAUACCUCUGCAUGUGCCACGGCGAGGAUGGUAAGGGGCCAAACAAGCUCAAGAUCGGUUCUGCAGGUACAGGAGUCGUCGUUACCGACUGGGUAGGCCACAAGGAUGAUUGGGAUUUGAUCCGCUGCAUUGUUGGAAUGAACGCGAGGCUGCAGCUCAAGAAAUAA